AUGGCAAGGUGGCUCAUCCCGCUCUAUGAGCGCAUCGAUGUCAUGUUGAUGUUGUGUCGCAAUUUCGACCUUCUGCAAAGGUUCAGAUUAUCUGUCGCCCUCGAAUAUCUGGGAUCUGAUGACAGGCUCGAAAGCCAAAAGAAAUUUGAUGAUAUUUGCGAUGAGACCAUCUGCGUUGAAUACAAGCAUCGAUGCUUCCUCCAAGCCGAUGAAUUCGUCUGUGAACAGCUGAAACUGGUGAAGGCAGGGCCACCGGAUGGCUGUAUGUUUGAGAGAAAAGAUAUCAAAAACCUUGAUAUACUUCAUCUUAUGUUGCGACAGUUACACGAGGUGACCACACAGCAUAUCAUUGGAUGCGACAAAAUCCAAAAUGGUAUCUUCAUCCAGAUCUUGUGUAUCACUGUGCUGGAAGAGGCGGCUGCUGUGGAAGAGGGUGUGGAUGCUGUGCUUCGGGCACGACUGGGCAUUGCACUCCGUUUUGCGCAUGUUGCUCAAAGAUUCGAUGCCGAAGCCCCCUAA